GAUGCUUCAGGAAGAAUUAGCACGCAGGGUCAUAUAUUUGCUAUGGAAGAAAACCUCUCUCUCAGAUUUGGCUUUUGGCCAUCUCUUAUUCUUCUCACUGACUACUAUGUUCUAGCUCGUGUGCUCUUUGGGCUGAUUGUGCUGAUUCAGAUUGCCUUGCUCGUUAUUUUCAGAUACCUCCAAAGGCCAGUGCUCAAAGAAAAGCCAGGAUUACUUACUCUGACCUCGUAUUCCCUUCAUGUCUUCAGUAAAACAAACACCUUCUAUUACUCAAUUCUGGUUCUGAAUCUAUACACCAUUCUGGGACCAUGGUUUGUCGGUGAACUGAUUGAUGGCCACGUGGGGGCCUGUUUUUCCUUUGGGGUGUUCGUUGGUGGUUCCUUCUUACAGGGCAGUCUGACAUUUGUGGUUGGGAUUUUACAGAUGUUGUUUUUCAACCUGCCAUUAACGGCCUAUCUGUGCUGGUGCCUGUUGCUGCGAUGCCAGGGUCACAGCUUCCGUUCUCACAUCCGUCACGUCCGACGCCUCGUGGCUCUGCUUGUUCACCUGGCAAUGGCACUCCUCCUGGCCUGGCAGGUCUAUUCCUGCUAUUUCCUGCAGCGAACUUAUGGGACCUUGGCUUUCCUCCUCUCCCCAAUGAGAAUGUGGCUGGUGGUGCUGACUUCAGCUCUGAUUUAUAAAACCUGGACACUGAAAUCAUCUGAGCUCAGAACUUACAUAGUAGAAAUGAAAAACUGUCAGAGCUCCUGA